CCUACUGUACUGUAUCUCUACAUCACUGAACAACCCUAUCUUCUACUCUCUACAACUCCUGACUCGCAGCCUGGUCUCACAUGACUAACCUGCAGCACCCUAACAAAUCAAGACAAAAUAAAAGCCAUCCCCUCUUUCCCUUCCCCUCUCUCUUUCUGUACCAGUAAAAAAGCUUGGCCCUCUGCCACCCCAUUUUCAGGUACUAUUCUGCAACUCCCAUUCACCUAAGCUACCCCCUCGUUUAUUUAUUAAAAAAAAAAAAACCCUUGUUCUCUCUUUCUCUCUCUCGUCUCCCCUUUCUCCCUCUUUUAAAACAAGACUCGCCCCCUCUUUUAUUUCCCUGAAGUCGCUUUAUUUCUUCAUUUUACUAUUCUGGCUCUCCCAACAAUGGAAGCUUUCAGCUUGCUCAAGUACUGGAGAGGUGGUGGUAUUGCUGUUAAUGGUGGAGGGUGCGGUGAAGAUGGCAAUUACAACUCACGCGCCACCACAAUUGUCUCUGCUGUGUCUCCAGACAGAGUGGAAACUGAUGAUGAGAAUGAUGACGAUGGUGGGCCUUUUUUUGACUUGGAGUUUGCAGUUCCUGACGAAGAAGAAGAGGAAGGAGCAGAAAGCAAAGAUGAGAUAAAAGAAAACAAUGGUGCUGGUUCUGAUGAGGAAAACGAUGCUGCUGACACUUCUGGUGAUGAUGAUGAUGGGAUGGACGAAGAGAGGGAGUUCAAUUUCACUCUCUCUUCGGCGUCUAGCAAUGACAGGAGGGAUCAAAAUCUUGCUCUUUCUCCUUCCGAUGAUUUGUUUUUCAAAGGAAGGCUUGUGCCGAUUGAGUCAUCCUCGCUCGAGCUGAACUCCAAAUCCUCUCAGUUUUCGGUGUCAUUGCUAAAAUCUGCUACAAAAUUUCGCGUCUUCAUGUCGGGAUUAAAGAGAAAACCAAACACUACAACAACAAAUGAAAAGACAGAAGCUAACGUGCCGACAUUAGCUUCUGCUGCUCCUAAACAACAAGGCGAGAAAGAUGAGGAAAAUGGCAAGCAAAGUAAGCUUUUCACUGUGAAAUUUAAGGUCGAGGAAGUUCCUAUAAUGUCCUUCUUUACCAGGGAGAAUAGCAAAAACAUCAAGUCAUCACAGCAGAAGCAGAAUUCAGCCGAAGAAUCAACUGCUUCUGCUGCCGAUGCUGCUUUUUCAGAUGAUAAGCAGAAGUUUUCUAAGGAUGUAAUGCAGAAGUAUUUAAAGAAAGUUAAGCCUCUUUAUAUCCGUGUGUCUAAACGGUAUGGUGAAAAGCUGAAAUUCUCCGGGCAAUUAAGUUUCGGCUCCGGACCAAAAACAUCCGCUCCUCCGUCACCAUCCACGGUGGCCCAGAAACCAAUAACGACUGAUAAUGGAGGAAAGGAGAAGGAAAGCGCGGAAGCUCCGACGGUGGCGGUGAGUAGUAUGAAGGGUCCUAAACAGGGGAAUUUGCCUGCUGGGUUGAGAGUUGUGUGUAAGCAUUUAGGGAAAAGCAGAUCAGCUUCAUCUGCGGCGGCGGCUCAUCCGGUUCCUGUUUUGUCAAAUAGGAGAGAUGAUUCGCUGUUGCAGCAACAGGAUGGGAUCCAGAGUGCUAUUCUUCAUUGCAAGAGGUCAUUUAAUGCAUCUCGAGAUUCCGAUUCCUCUGUGCUAUCAAGGUCAGCGAGUGAUCCAUCUCAUGAGAAAUCACUGGAAAUAAUGGCGAGGAAGGCAUCAGACCAUGAAGGGAAAGGUUCUUCCGUGGACCCAAAAAGGGCGGGAAAAUGAGAUCGAUGGAUCAGAGACUGACGAUGAUCUUUUGAGGUUUCUGUAAAGAAAAUGAUGAUUUCUGAAACGAGCACAGGUGGACUAGGAAAUCAGUUAUCAGCCCAUUUGUUUUUAAUUUUAUCCCGUGUAAAUAUGCCUUGUUUAAGAGGAACGUUUGCCUAGUGAUCAAGCUUAAUGACUAGUUUAUUAGCACUUGCUGGUUACUACUA